GGUCCAAUAGUCAUCAGGUGACGUAACGCGUUCUAUCCAAUGGCAGACGUGUGCUUUCAAUCCGCCCAAUGAGAACAGGGCGGCGUUAGGGUUUAAAAAGACAGCGUUCGCCAGCGUCGUUUAUUGUGUUUUUUCUCCGUGAAGUUCACAACUCGACACUAUGGCAAGAACCAAGCAGACCGCCCGUAAGUCCACUGGUGGCAAAGCGCCCAGGAAGCAGCUCGCCACUAAGGCUGCUCGCAAGAGCGCCCCGGCUACCGGCGGCGUGAAGAAGCCUCACCGUUACAGGCCCGGCACCGUGGCUCUGAGGGAGAUCCGCCGUUAUCAGAAGUCUACUGAGCUGCUUAUCCGCAAGCUGCCCUUCCAGCGCCUGGUGAGAGAAAUCGCUCAGGAUUUCAAGACCGACUUGCGUUUCCAGAGCUCGGCCGUCAUGGCCUUGCAGGAGGCUAGCGAGGCGUACCUGGUCGGUCUGUUCGAGGACACCAACCUGUGCGCCAUUCACGCCAAGAGAGUGACCAUCAUGCCUAAGGACAUUCAGCUGGCCCGCCGUAUUCGCGGAGAGCGCGCUUAAACCUCAAUUCUGUCUAAUGUACACAAAGGCUCUUUUAAGAGCCACCA